AUGCCGGCCCUGCUGCUACUCGGGACCGUCGCGCUGCUAGCCUCCGCCGCGGGCCCGGUGGGGGCGCGCCCAUCCAACGACACAAGCGCAGUGGCCCCGGGCCCGCUGCCCGCGCUCCUCGCGCACCUGCGGCGCCUGACCGGGGCUUUGGCGGGCGGCGGGGGCGCGGCAGGCACCGGCGCCAAUGCCACCAAGACCAGCCCCGCGGGUGGCACGGGCGCAGCGGCACGGGCGCCCCCUCCGGCCGAGCUCUGCCAUGGCUACUACGAUGUCAUGGGCCAGUACGACGCCACCUUUAACUGCAGCACCGGCUCCUACCGCUUCUGCUGUGGUACCUGCCACUACCGUUUCUGCUGCGAGCACCGCCACAUGCGCCUGGCGCAGGCCUCCUGCUCCAACUACGACACGCCACGCUGGGCCACCACGCCCCCGCCGCUGGCUGGAGGCGCUGGGGGCGCUGGGGGUGCGGGUGGGGGGCCAGGGCCGGGCCAGGCAGGGUGGCUGGAAGGGGGCCGGGCCGGGGGCGCUGGGGGACGUGGGGGAGAGGGCCCAGGGGGCAGCACAGCCUACGUGGUGUGUGGAGUCAUCAGUUUCGCCCUGGCGGUGGGCGUCGGUGCCAAAGUGGCCUUCAGCAAGGCGUCACGUGCGCCCAGGGCGCACCGGGAGAUCAACGUGCCCAGAGCUCUCGUGGAUAUUCUCAGGCACCAAGCAGGACCUGCAGCCCGCCCGGACCGGGCCAGAAGCAGUUCUCUGACGCCAGGACUGGGAGGCCCAGACAGCAUGCCCCCCAGGACGCCCAAGAACCUUUACAACACCAUGAAGCCCUCCAACCUCGAUAACCUGCACUACAACGUCAACAGCCCCAAGCACCGCGCAGCCACACUGGACUGGCGUGCUAUGCCACCGCCCAGCCCCUCCCUGCACUACUCCACGCUGUCCUGCUCUCGAUCCUUCCACAACCUCUCUCAUCUUCCCCCAUCCUACGAGGCUGCUGUGAAAUCAGAACUAAAUCGAUACUCUUCCCUCAAGAGGCUGGCUGAGAAAGACCUGGAUGAAGCCUACCUGAAGCGCAGACAUCUGGAGAUGCCUCGCGGAACGCUGCCCUUGCACGCCCUCAGGAGGCCCGGCACUGGGGGUGGCUACCGCAUGGAUGGCUGGGGUGGCCCUGAGGAGCUGGGCUUGGCACCAGCACCCAACCCCCGACGGGUGAUGUCCCAGGAGCACCUGCUGGGUGAUGGCGGCCGAGCCUCCCGAUAUGAGUUCACGCUGCCUCGAGCUCGCCUGGUGUCUCAGGAACACCUGCUGCUGUCCUCACCGGAGGCGCUUCGCCAAAGUCGUGAGCACCUACUGUCACCCCCACGCAGUCCUGCCCUGCCCCCAGAUCCCACCACCCGGGCCAGCCUGGCUGCCUCACACUCCAACCUGCUGCUGGGGCCUGGGGGCCCCCCCACACCCCUGCAUGGGUUGCCUCCGUCGGGCCUGCACGCCCACCAUCACCAUGCCCUUCACGGCUCUCCUCAGCCAGCCUGGAUGUCUGAUACAGGCGGGGGUGGGGGCACGCUGGCCCGCAGGCCACCCUUCCAGCGCCAGGGCACCCUGGAGCAGCUGCAGUUCAUUCCUGGGCACCACCUGCCCCAGCACCUGCGCACUGCCAGCAAGAAUGAAGUGACUGUCUGAGGCCGGGUGGAGUGCUGGGAACUGUGGCUCCCGAGGCCCCCUUUUCCCAGCCCAGAUCUCCUUCACAGGCUUAUCGUACACACCAAGGGUCUGAGAGCAGAUGGGCCCUUGGACCGGAGACCAUGCCUCCUUUUGGGAUGUUACAGUAGAUGAGAUCUCUCCUCCUGCUUUGUCACUGUUGAACCAAGGCCUCCCUCCCAUGAUGUCAUCCCAGAGGAAGGAGGCCUGUACAUGAGGUCAAUGCUAGCAAAUAUGUCUGUGUUUCAUGAUGUCAUUUGCAGGGACUAAAGCUCCUUCCUAUGAGGUCACCACAGAGGAAGAGCCCUGCCUAUGAGGUCAUCACUAGAGGCUAUGUCCAUUUUGCAUGACAUCACCACAGAAACUCCUUUCCUGUGAUGUCACUACAGACAAUGCCUUGUCCCAUCCCAUCAUCCCUAGAAAGAAAAGUUUCUUCCUGCAGUGUCACUACAGAGGCAAGCCUCCCACUCCUUGAGACUUGCUGACCUGACACCAUCCUGACUGAGCACCAAGGCCUCUUGCAACUAUCAUCACAGGGAAAAUGUUUCUCUGCCAUGGAGAAGAUGCCUCCAUCCCAUGAUGCCACCACUACAAACAAAGCCAUUUUCCCGGGACACAGAGCAGUGGACCACGCCCUGCCAAUUAUGUCCUCACUAAAGAUUAGGCCUCCUUUCCACAAUACUGUCACAGGAUUUUGCCUCCCUCCUGUGAUGCCAUCACCAGAAUAGGUGCCUUGCCCAAUGGCGCCAUCACAGGGACUGUGCCUCUUUAUGUGAUGUCAUUACCAGAAAUGACCACUGUUCCUGGGACCUCUCCAGGGUGAGGCCCUUCUGUGGUGUGACCGCGCCACCACCCACUUGGAAAUGGCACCAGGAGACACCUCUAUUGCUGUGCCGUGUCAUGAGAUGUGUCUGUGGAAUGCUGCUGCUGGUGCCCUCUGUUGCUUGGACAUCACCAGAGAAUGUUUCCCUCUCAGAGGUGGUCCCCACUCUAGACGACCAACAGUCGUGACUGCGUAAUGACGGUGUCAUCACAGUCCUUAUCUUGCUUCCCUCUCACUAAGCUCCACGACUAAUUUCUUCCCAUGACCCCGGGGCAGAGCCAAUGGAUGUCUGCUACCCCUCUGAAGGAAGGCGGGGCCUGUGCAGUGAGUCCUUGGGGGUGGCACCCAUGGGUGAGCUCUGGCUCUAAAGCCACUUCGAUCCAUGAGGCUUCGAAAGUCCCACUCAUAGGCGACUCAUCGGCGAGCCAAAGGCUGGCAUCACUUUUUUUCUGCCAUAUGUAAAGACAUCAACUCUGCCAACAGAGUCCCCAUCUCUAUUAGAGGGGGCAGGGAGGGUAUGUGUGCUGCUGACCUUGCCAGUGACAUCAUCAAUGCCACCCAGUGUCGUCCUUUCAUGAUGGUAUAGCAGUUGGAGUUCAAUGUUAACUGUGUCAUUUCCCAGAAUUCCACAAGACUCACCUCAACUACCAUACCAUCUUCCAGGCAUUAUCACCAUUAAUGGUGUCAUCACUCUCCCAUGAUUCCUCCCAACCAUGGUGUCAUCAUUUCCCAGGGUCCAAACAACAUGUCAUCACGAUGUCCCAGGAUCUAGCACAAGCAUGUCCUCACUGCUUUCCAGAAUCCUUCACAGCGUGCUCACCGUGUCACCUCCCAGCACCCACCACAGCUAGGGGUCUUCCUCCCUUCCCAGCAGUCACAGCCAUACAGUCCUCACCAUCCCCCGGGCUCCAUCGGAACCAUGCUGUCCUCAUCUCUCAGGAACCACUACAACCAUGGUGUCCUGUCUCCCAGGCUGUGCCAUGGACGACGUCCUCACGUUUCAAAAGUCUAUUACGCCUCCCCUCCUGGUGGCAUUCUCUUCCAGGACUUGUUAGGACCGACAGAGCCAGUGUUUCCCAUGACUCGUUAUAACUGCAGUGUCACCUCCCAGGAUCCACUUUAACCAGAUCUUCAUGUCUCAGCAGCCACGACAGCUGUGAUGUCACCAUUUUAUAAAAUCCACUCCAACUGUGGUGUUCCUGGAUUCUUGCAGUCAUGUAUCAUCACAUCCCAGGAUCCACCGAAUAGUGAGUGUCACAAGUGUCACACACAAUGUGAAUCCAUGAGAGCCAUCCUUCUGUCAUGUCCUAUCACAACUCACCUGGAUUUACUGUGACCGUGGUGCCAUUGCCUCCAAGCAGCCAUAACAGUCAAUGCUGUCUUCAUUCCCCUGACCCACUUUAGCCCCGGUGUCUCCAUGACUUAGCGUCUCUGAAAUCCAGUGAUAUCAUUACCUCUGGAGUCUACAUGUCAUCACUCCAUGGACCCAUGACAACAAAUAAUGUCACCAUUUUCCAGAGUGCACUUCAGCCAUGGCUCCAUCAUCCUCUCCCAGAAUCCAUGUAAAACUGUGUGAUCUGUAACAAUGUGUCCUCAUCUUCCAAGGCCCAUGGCAAUUGUGUGCCGUAUCAGGGUCCAAAUGCUGUGACAGGCUGUAUUUCAGUUGUCCUCUGGGGUCUCAUGGCAUUCACAGUUCCUCUCUCCAGGGGAACCAGCACAACAGGCCAUUUCCCAUUCCCUACAAUGGACUAGGCUCUCCCUGUUAAUGUCACCCUACUCUGGCCCUUCUCAGUGUGUCACUGCCUCACUCCUGAUCCAGACAGACACCUGGAUCACCUUCACCUACAGACUGGCCUUGGCCAGCCUCCUUCCACUCACUGGCGAGUGCAUCCAAACUCUUCUUGGAUUACCACUGUCCCUUGCCCAGCCAUUUGCUCGGUGACAGGGUCAUCUCGGUGACCUCUCCACAGCAGCAGCAGAGGGGGAACCUCCCAGCCCUUAGAUGGCAUCACUGCCCUACCCAACUCCAUCCCUGGUACUUGGUCCCAACCAGGAUCAGAACUUGCUGGCUUGGGCCAAGUUCUCUUUAGAGAGGAUGCAGGAGAUGUCACAACUGAUAAGCCACCUGUCGGCCUGUUCCUGGGGUAUGUAUAUCUGAGAGCAAUGGCCCCUGCUACCUACACCUGAAAAGGCCAAGGGUGCUCCUUCGCCCCUUUCCCUAACGUACCAGGGAGUACCCAGGGGAUUCAGGGAGUCCAUAACACCCACUGCACAAUCUUUUCCUGCCACACCCAAUUCUCUGUACAUAUAGCCAUGUUUCAGGGGGGCGGCCAUUCCCCACUCUUAAAGGGCUACAUGCCCCCCUCCCAGCCCCUAAGGCGAGGAGGGGGGCACUUCUCCCUCCUCUAGGCCGCCCUCUCCCUCUUAUGUCCCCUCCCCAAAUAUUAGCCUCUGUGGCCACCCCUUCUUGCCCAGAGCCUAGUGGGGUAGAUGGUGCCAGGCUCUCACCACGCUGAGGGAAGUAGGAGGCCACCACCAAUCUUCCUAAACUCGAGCACCAUGUUUUCCAUCUCCCGACUAAUAGACGCCCCAUGGGCUCCCCAUCCAUCCUAGGCCCCCCCUUCAGGCCUGCUUAACACUUCCCUGGGACACACAGCUUUCCUCAGCCCCCAAGCACUGGAGAGCUCCCGUUUGCCGGUUCUCUCCUUCCCUCCAUCCCUCCCCAACCUGAAUUCCUUCCUGGGAUCUGCCCUCACCCCAGCCUCCACCCUCCACCUGCCUGACCCUGAAGUCUCGACCUCUUAUUUCAAUAAAGCCAUAGUGGGGAGAGGUCUUGAGGGUGGGCCAGCAGGCCCUGUUCUGCUCAUCCCCCACCAUCACCACGAUGCUUCCAGAGCUGGGACCUGGCGUUCUGAGUCUUCCCCUUCCCCCCUGCUCCCCAAUAAACAGAAACACGCAUCGCAUGAGCAGGGAGCGCAUUGCCCUGCAGCCCUGCAGGAAAGCCCCCUUCUGGUGGGGGCUGCAGAGGGGGCAUCAGAGACAAGAUCAAAAGUGCCAUGCCAGAGGUUCCUCUGCCUCUGAACCCCAUUCUCACUCCCUCCCCUCCUCCCAGUGCAGGACUCACCUUCCACUUCCUGGUGAGGACAGCAAAGGAGCUGGCACUUGGCUGGGGGUGGGGGUGGGGGUGGUUUUUGUUUUGGAAUAAACAGCUGUUUUCCUGA